AGGGAAGCUAAUGAAUAACCUGUACCACUGGAUUAGCUGAACAUCAUGGUGAACAGAACCGUCAAUGCUAACCGCGUCUAGAGAUACUUACGGGCCGAUUUCUCCGAAGCUUCUUUCAAUGCCAUGCAGCGUUGAUGCCUUGCGUUACCACCUUGGUUCACGACCAUGCCUUCCUCCCAAGAUAUGUCUGACAAUAAAAACGAGAGCAAUUCUGCUGAAAGAAUGCGCCAGCCUGAGGCCGAAAGUUCGACCUACUACGCGUCACGCAGAAAAAGGAAAUCUAAGAGAGGAUCGAUGGGCAUGAAGAGAGGUGAAUAUUUAGUUAAAGGGAGUGAUCCAUUCGACUACGAACAGAAAUUCCCCGAAGACAAGCGGUACGAAGAGCUAGGACCUGCGGCCAGGGUAUGGAGAACAUACCUUGAAGAGUGCGCUGGGUUUGACAUCGAGAUGGUGGAGGGAUGGAGGGACGGAUUGGAUGUUCUGCUAGUUUUCGCUGGUCUUUUUUCCGCGGUGGUCACUACGUUCGUCGCUCAGACGUCCCAAAGCUUACAAGUCGACUAUGGCCAAGUCACUGCGUCGCUGCUAUUCGAGCUCAUCGAUGUCCAACGUGCAACAGCCAAUGGCUCCCUCGUGAGCGACGUCCCUCGUUCAAGCCUUACUCCAUUUUCAGAAUUUCGACCUACAACUUCCGAUUCGUUAGUCAAUGGGCUGUGGUUCACCAGUCUCUCAUUCAGCCUGACUACCGCACUCUUCGCUGUCCUGACCAAACAAUGGAUCCAUCAGUACAUGGCAGUCCCAUCGGGCACACCUCGAGAUAGAUGCCGUGUACGUCAAUUUCGAUACAUGGGACUACAGCAGUGGCGUGUAGCUUUCAUUAUUGGACUACUACCUGUCCUAAUGAGUGCGUCGCUCUGCGUCUUUGUAGUUGGUCUAGUUGUUUUUCUAGUCCCGCUCCAAGUGUCGAUUGCAUCCAUCGUUGGGUCUAUCACAUUCAUAUCCUUCACUGCGUAUUUCGUCGCCAACUUCCUGCCCAUCAUAUACCCCUCGUGCCCAUACAAGACGCCGUUGUCACAGUACAUUUUCCCUCUUUAUUCCCAUAUUGCCCAUAACGGCAUCUUCACUUCAGUCAUCUCCCCGAUUUCCAGAUACUGGUCUGGAUCUUCACCAGUCCCCGUCCCCGAAAAAGCUCCAAUUCGUACACUUCGAGAAGCAGAGCGUGAAGCUGUUAAGCUGAGUGCCGAUGAAACAGACGCGUGUGCCUUGUCCUGGUUAUUUUGCACAUCUUCCAAUCCGGCCGUACAGAGGAUUGUUGUGGAGGCAGUUAGUGCAUUACCGUUGAAGUCCGUGGCAUCUCUAAAGCACCGCGCAAAAGGAAUAUCAGAGAUGUGCGAGAUCCACGCCAGUGUCGUGUUCUGCCCACGUCAUCCUCAGGAAGGCAAACUUGAUAGGCUUAUUCGCACAAGCCUGCGCCUUGCCAUGGAUGACAAGUUCUUCUUUAUACCGACACCGGAUCCCGAAGUGGAAAGAAAACGGUUAUCUCCAGAUGUCUACGCAGAACUUUUGUCUAUCCAGUUCGGUCAACUCUAUCUUCGAGAGAUCCGAAAUUUAGUCUCGACAGACUUGGACCUUGAUCUGCAGCCCAUUGUAUGGGGCAAUCUGCUCCAGCAGCAAGUAUCUUAGAAGAAGAUCUUGUCCAAUGGUUAUUCCAUGCAAUUCCAUUAUCUUAUUGGCGUAUCGGCUCCACCCCUCCUCUAGUAUUGACAUCGAACGGACUCCAGAUUUGUUCGGUUCCCG